ACGCCCUCAUCCCGUUAAUGAAAAGAGGAAAAAGUGCUGAGGCACCAGCCUAUGUCUACGUUCUGUGUGCUGUAGGAUUAUUUAUUUACCAAUCUUUGGAUGCAAUUGAUGGGAAACAGGCUCGAAGGACCAACAGCAGCUCUCCCCUUGGGGAGCUUUUUGACCAUGGCUGUGAUUCCUUUUCCACAGUUGUGGUUGGCUUGGGCACCUGCCUGGCCGUUCACCUGGGAACAGACCCUGACCUGAUGUUUUUCUGCUGUUUCAUUGGCAUCUUCAUGUUCUAUUGCGCCCACUGGCAAACCUACGUUUCUGGGUCUCUACGAUUUGGCAAAAUUGAUGUAACUGAAGUUCAAAUCUGCAUAAUGCUCAUCUUUUUCUUAUCUGCCAUUGGAGGAGCUACUCUUUGGGAAUACCAGAUUCCUGUACUAGGACUGAGAAUGAAAAUCCUGCCUGUGUUUGGAAUAAUAGGAGGAGCAAUCUAUUCCUGUACCAAUUACUUCCGGGUCAUCUUUUCUGGUGGAACAGGAAAGAAUGGUUCCACAAUAGCGGGUACCAGUGUUCUGUCACCUGCUUUGCACAUUGGGCUGGUCAUCAUAAUGGCUACAGUGAUCUACAAAAAAUCCACCACACGUCUGUUUGAGGACCACCCUUGUCUGUAUGUUUUAGCAUUUGGAUGUGUGGCUUCAAAAAUUACAAACAAAUUAGUGGUGGCACACAUGACCAAAAGUAAGAUGAAACUACAAGACACAGCAUUCAUUGGGCCUGGGCUGCUUUUUCUGAACCAAUACUUCAAUAGUUUUAUUAACGAGUACAUUGUACUGUGGGCAGCAAUGGUCUUCUCUCUGUGCGAUUUGCUGGUUUACUGUACUGCUGUCUGCAUUCAGAUUGCAUCACACCUCCACAUCAAAGUCUUCCGAAUUCCAUACCAAGCUUCUGAGCAGGUAGACAGUCCAGUUCCUGUCUCCCCUCAGAACAACACGGGUUGAAGAGACUUGCAAACAUUCGCCGUCACGUGAAGGGGAAGAUUGUUAGAUGUGGACGACCUAUAGGUUUACACAUAUUUUAUUUCAAAAACAAAUCCAAUCUUUAUAAAAAUAUGAUAAUCAAUGACUGUUGGGUAAAUUGAUUUUUUGUAUUAAAUGUUGCUGGCAAUUUUUUUUAAGAUACUACCUUUAAACAAUGAAACCACAUUUAUACUGUGCUUCAUUUGAUGUACACUUUUUGUUUUCAAUUUGGCAAGCUACAAGAUAAAUGUCAUUCACUACCUCUAUCAUAAUCCUGUUCUGUAAUCUUUUUUAAAUUUCUUGCUGCAAUCUAGUGAAAAGGAUUGUGUUGCUUCUUUCUGGGUAAGUUAAAUUAAUUUUGAAACAAGAACAGAAAUUGCUGGGAGAAACCCAGCAGGUCUGGCAGCAUCUGUGGUGAAUAAGCAGGGUUGAGGUUUUGAGUCAAGGGCCACUCGACUCUCAACAUCAACUCUGCUUUCUCUUCACAGAUGCUGCCAGACCUGCUGAGUUUCUCCAGCAAAUUCUGUUUUUGUUUCAGAUCUUCAGUAUCUGCAGUUUUGUUUUAAUUACAAACUGUUCGAUCAUUUAUGCAAACUUGAUAUAAUCAAAGAACAUGAAAUUGUCAAUCAAUACUAUCUUGCCAAGUUUUCACAGAGCCAACAAUAUUCAAUAAAAUCUGUAAUUCCC